AUGAUUUUAGGAAUUAAAUUCUCGAAUUAUUAAAUAUAUUCAAUUGAUUUUAAUAACUUAUAGAAUCCAGAGAAUGAAGAUAUUAUUGGAUUUACUGAGAAAGGCAAUGCAUUUGUCGUUAAAGACCAAACCAAAUUGAGUAAUGAAAUACUUCCAACCCAUUUUAAACAUCACAAUUUCAGUUCAUUUAUAAGAUAAUUAAAUAUGUAUGGAUUCAAGAAAAUUCGCAAUGUUAACAAUCAAAAUGAAUUCAGUCAUUAUUAUUUUAGGAAGAACAUGGAGUAACCAAAUUCACAUUAAUCUAGGAACCUGUUAGUCAAUAUCCCCAGGAGAAACGGAGGAGUCAAGCCCAAAAAGGAAAAAUCCAUCAAACUGAAAAACCAAAAAGUAAAGCAAAUCCAAGAAGAACUGUUCGAAAAGUACACAACCCUGAAAUAAGAAAUACACAACAUCAACAUAGAAUCCAACUUCAUUAGUAAACAAAUCGAAUAGGUAUCAUUUUGUAAGGCUAUUAGUUCCAAAACACUCAAUCCACCCUACUUGAGUCCUACCACUCUUUAUUUCUGGAAUUUAGCAUGAUAAAGAGCAAACGCCAAACCUAUAGCGAUUUAUUGUGCCAACUGUUAUUUCGAUUAACCAGCACUUCUCCUAAUGAUUAAUCACAAAGUUUAAGCUCUCCCAUAUUAUUUUAGACAACAUUCAAAAGUUCAACAAGACCAAUCAAAACACAAUGAGCAACGGGACAAGAAGUUCCGAUAACAACAACGAACAAAAUGGUGGUUCCAGUAAAGAUGGUACUCAACAUAUCUUUAUAAGUAGACACAAAUUAGAGCAAUGGAAGUAACUAACAAUUAGAGGAAGACAGAAUAAAGGCUGUAUGA